UGCCCCUCUCCCGCCGCAUCCUCCCAUUCUUCUCACAACCCCGCACCCCCGCAUUAAGUCUUCUUCGCGCCCACAGUCCACCCCCACACGUUCCCACCAUGCGCACACUCACAAUCGACUCCCUUAACCCUGCUAUCCGCAACGUCGAAUACGCUGUCCGCGGUGAACUCGCCAUCAAGGCAGAGGAGUAUCGUGUUCGCCUUCAGAAACCCAACCAUGGCUUACCCUUCGACCGUGUCAUCUCGAGCAACAUCGGAAACCCUCAGCAGAAGGGUCUUGACCAGCCCCCGAUCACUUGGAAUCGUCAGAUCGCUGCGCUAACAGAAUAUCCCGAGCUCAUCGAGAAAGCACGGAACCUCUUCCCAGAAGACGCCAUCGAGCGCGCAAAGGAGCUGCUAGAAGAAGUGGGCUCCAUUGGCGCCUAUUCGCACAGUCAAGGUAUCCCUCCCAUCCGACAGAAUGUUGCCAACUUCAUUGCAGCACGUGACGGCUUCCCGUCCAACCCAGACCACAUCUUCCUCACCGCCGGUGCUUCUGCUGGUGUCUCCCUACUCCUUAGCAUGCUCAUCGCAAAACCCAACAAAUCCGGAGUGCUCAUUCCUAUCCCACAAUACCCUCUUUACACUGCUACGCUCGCUCAAUACUCAGGCGUUCCUGUCCCUUACCACCUCGAUGAGGAAUCUGGUUGGUCUACGUCUCCCCAGCACAUACGCGAAGCUCUCUCCAAGGCUCAGUCAGAGGGGAUUGACGUGAGAGCCUUGGUUGUAAUCAACCCAGGAAACCCAACGGGUUCACUCCUCACAUCUGCCGUCCAACGCGAACUUGUCUCCAUCUGCAACGAGCACGGUCUCGUGCUUUUCGCGGACGAAGUCUACCAGGAGAACUUACAUUACCGCGACUCAACGCCCUUUACCUCCUUCAAGAAAAUCCUUUGCGAGAUGACCAAGUCAGACCCAAAGAUUGAUGUCGCCCUCGCCUCGUUCCACAGUACCUCAAAGGGUGUAACGGGCGAAUGCGGUCGACGAGGAGGUUACUUCGAACUCGUCAACGUCCCGUCAUCCAUUAUUUCCGAAAUAUACAAAAUGGCUUCUGUCGGACUCUGUCCUCCCGUCCCAGGACAGAUUGCUGUAGAUUGUAUGGUCCGACCCCCACAACCGGGAUCCCCUUCUUACGCACUUUGGAAAAAGGAGACAGAUGCGAUACAUGCUGCACUAGCACAUCGUACCCGCACGAUGGUGGAGAAACUUAACGCCCUUCCCGGAAUGUCCUGCCAAAGUGCCUCAGGGGCUUUAUACCUCUACCCGCGCGUCUCCCUCCCCGCGAACGCCAUCGCCGCCGCACACAAAGCCGGAAAGAAAGCCGAUACCUUUUAUGCAUUGGCGUUGUUGGAUGCUACGGGUAUCUGUGCAGUGUCAGGAAGCGGGUUCGGUCAACGCGGGGACGAAGCGAACUUUAGGUUGACUUGUUUAUGUGCGGGUGUGGAGGAGUAUAUUGGUAAGUUGGAGAAGUUCCAUAGGGAGUUUAUGGAGAAGUAUUCGUAGAGGAGAUUGUUUGGUUUUCGACGUCCUUCGUCUUGGUUUCUGCGUUUCACGAAAUGCAUAUCAUACUCACCACAUCGCACCACUCACGCUAAAUAGAAAAUUGUUUAAAUUCACCGCAAAUAGAGAGUAAUACUUCCCUGGCGUAUUUCUCAAACACCUUACAAUUCACAAUUCAUCACUACUGAACCCCCUUUGCACGUUUUCAAGUCUCUCCCCCCCUCCCCUCCCCCCGCGUUAGUACAACUACUUGUACUCGUAUAACUGAAUACACUGCAAGGUUCCACGCCGAUGAGACCUAUGUCCCAC